AUCUUACUCUCGCUUUCACUCUCUCCUUACACUCACUGCUCCUCCUCACCUAUCCCCUCAGUUUUUUUCUUACACUCCAUGAUGGAAACUGGAUGGGAGAUAGAUUUCAGUAUGGGAACAGGAAUGGAGAUGACGGUAUCUCCGGCGAAGUUCGCCGGAGCAACACCCGCUUACAUGUAUGGUAUCCCCACUGCAGAAUCUCUUAGGGUGGACGACCUGCUCGACUUCACCAGCCACGAAUUCUUCCCUUCUUCUUCCUCCUCAUCCUCCCCAACCGAUGACACCGCCCACCUCCUCCCCACCAGCCACGAAUUCUCCUCAUCUUCCGCCGCCAUCGGCUUCGAUUCCUCCUUCCCCGACGACAUCUACAUUCCCAGCGAGGAGGCGGCGGAACUCGAAUGGCUUUCCAAGUUCGUGGAGGAUUCCUUCUCCGAUACCCCUUACCAUUACUCCUUCGCUGCCGAUGCGACAAUGUCGACAGAAAACAGUAAUUUUCCGGCUUCAGAGAUCUCUGCUCACAUCCUCACUUCCAGGAAAAAUAGAUCCCCGGAGAUCUCCACCUCCUCUUCAUCAUCAUCCUCUUCUUCUUCUUCCGACGUUCCAAAAGCCAAAAACAACGUAAUCAGCAAGAAAAAACAGGGAAAUAACGAGGCCGGUGCACGGCGGUGCACGCACUGCUCGUCGGAGAAGACGCCUCAGUGGAGGGCUGGACCGCUCGGACCGAAAACUCUCUGCAACGCAUGCGGUGUCCGGUUCAAGUCCGGCCGACUCGUGCCGGAGUAUCGACCGGCGGCGAGCCCCACCUUCGUUCUCACACAGCACUCCAAUUCGCAUCGAAAGGUCAUGGAGCUUAGACGCCAGAAGGAAUUCCUCAUUCUACGUGGCGGAGUCGGCGGAACCGCCGGCGACGGCGGCGGCGCUGGUUUUUCGUCGGCGAUGCUUUUCGAGGACUAUGAAGUCUGUUGAAGCGCCGUCGACGGCUAUUUAACGCCGUUUCUUGCCGUUUAUCUUUAAUGUGAUUGCUUCGAUGGAUCCGUAUCGGACGGCUAGAAUUUGUUGCCAUAAAUUAUUGAUUGCUGCUCUGAUUGUUGUUGCUUCAGUUUUGGGUUUCAUGGCGUCAUCACGUGAUAUCCGUGGUGGUCCAGCGAGGAUGAGGCACGUGGUUGUCACGUGAUAAGUAGAACGAAUAAAAAUAAUGUGAAGUUGGGAGGAGGAUUCUUGUUUAAUAAUCAUUUACUUCUGUU